AUUGUUAUUUUUGGGAUUGUUUAUACCGCUUAAUAAUCAUUUACCCCACCCUCGGCGUAUUUCUGAAUUGUACAAUUUUAUUCAGUCAUCCAGAAAUAUAUUUGUAACGGAGAAUAGUUAUAAGGAAGUAAAUAUUGUUCGGAAUGCGGAGUGAAGUGAAAACAGCCUUCCUGCAAACGUGCAUUAACCAUGGAUGCUUAAGCACGGAGCAAAUUGGCAAUGUCCUAACGCCAAUUGGUCAAGCAUAUGGCGCCGACAAUGUACUCCAAGAUCUUAAAAAAUUAGUAAUGGAAAUAAAUGACGACUUAAAAGAAUUGAAUCAAGAGUUAAAUUUUGUAAAUCAUCCCUUACUGGGUGAGGAGUUUUUGGUUUUUGGUCUUACAUUCGAAACGUCGGCCAGCAAGUUCCAGCGCCAUUAUAGUGAAGCAGAUCAGAUGUAUUUUGCCAAAUUAGUCGAAGCAAUAGCUCCCCAAGGAGAUUACGGAAUAUCGUGGGUAGAAAUUUACAAUCUCCCGAAUCUUACGCCAACUGCGAAGAAGCAAUUGUCAAAGACCCGCAUCCAAAAUCUAAUAAAAAAAUGGACUGAUCAGGGAUACUUUUUGAAAAUCGAUGAUAAAAUAUAUUUUGGUCCACGUAUGUUAGUGGAAUAUGCAAGCCAUCUAAAAACACAUUACUCAGAAUAUGUCAAAGACUGUCCACUUUGCAAAAAGAUUGUUUUAUGGGAUAUAAAAUGUUCGAUGUGUGACGUAAAAAUUCACAAGGAGUGUAUAAAGACAUUUCUAAAGCGAAACUCAAAUUGUCCCUCUUGCAGUCGAGUUUGGAGCACACCGUUGAUUUAGGAAACUGAGUAUCUAUUUAUUAGUUGCGUUUUUUAUAAAGUUGUGUGAAAUUUACUUAUCCCUGUUAAUAAAUGUUUAAAACAAAAA